AUGUCUGCUGUGCAGUCGCUGAACCAGUCAGACGAUUCCUCUGAUCCCACCACCACAAUCACCGGACCCGACGAUCUAAGACGACAGUUCUCGCGAACACCCCGACCAUAUCUUUACUCGCACGAUGGCCUGCAACGAGAAGAUGGUGAGGCUGGUGGGCAUGAGCCUGGUGCUGGUGCCCGCCAUGGUCUACCUGAACAAGAACGACCCGUGGGCGAGGAGUCCGGCGCAGCGACUAGGAGGGGAAAGGACUGGCAGCGACAACCCGGACACAGCUCGGUAGCCAGCAGUGAGAGCGGCACUGAUGCCGAUGAUGAACGUCCCAACUUUGUGAAAGCACUGCCCCCUGCCGGGAUCAGACCUAGGAAGGGACUGAAGACCGGCGAGCAGGACGAGGAUGCGCUUCUUACUCCCAGCCAGCUUGACGAGAAGGAACGGCAGGUGCAGGGAUACUUCCUGAGGCAGACAGUGGACCAAGAGGCGCUCAAAGAUGAAGAGCGCAAAGAGAGAGAAGCUGUGCAGAAGAGACGCUUCGCCGAAUUCGUGAGGAGAUUGAGUGAGGUUGCGCUGAUGGGCUUCAUCCUCAUCUGCGUACUUUGUGGCGCAGGAGCCGCACGAACAGCCUGGUAUUGGAGACGGGAGCUGCUGUGCGUGCCUGUGAUCAUCAUUGGUCUGGUUCUGGCAUACCCGGUCAAGUUGUCAAUUGUGGACACUCAGGCAACGCACAACAAGCUGAGCGAGCGCUUUCGCGUGCCAGCUUCUUUCGACCCAGCGACGGUACUGUACCCGCCUCUGAUACCCGUCAUGGUGGCUCUUCUGGUAGGGCCUAAAUAUCCCGCUGUGGUUCUGCCGAACAUCAUUCUCGGACUUGCUUCGCUACCACAAAGAUUAUUUCCACGAUCCAGCCGACUCGGAGGCUUCAAUGCACUACACUGGCUGGUGGCCAUCAUACCAUUGAUUGUCUCGGAUAACACGCUCUGGUUCGAUAAAAGGCGCCCACCUGCACCUUAUCAGCUCAAGACAUCACAAGGACUGUCACCAGAGACGUUGGUCUCACUUUACCCUCUGCACCACGCGUUAAUGAUCCCGUUACACUAUCUUACGACGACUAGUCUGCUAAUAUCAGAGCUACAUCUACUUUCAGCAGUAUUAAUCAAUCUGCUGCUGCUUGCACAGUCGCCUCAAGCUCUGGUAUUAAAGUCAUGUUUAUGGCUUGGCGGCGUGCCUCUCUUUUUGGCCUGUGGCUCGCUUCUACACUGGAAUGUCACACUCGCUCGCGUGCCAAGAUGGAAGCUGAGACGCCCUGGCCAUACAGCAGAGGAGAGGAGGUCUCUUGUCGAUGCAGUAUCUGAUAUCAUCAGCCUUCAGAAAGCCACAGGAGCAUUUUCGGGAUCCACAGGACUGGAAAGUGAUGCAGAUGAGGAUAUGCCGCCCAGAUCGAUCAAGCAGCAGCUGAAGAGAUCGAUGGCCACUAUGCCGAAGCUCAACACAGCAGGUCUAGUCAUGCCGUCACUGAACAAUGUACUCGAGACACAUUCUGUCGCCGAAGCUCGAGAGUUCGCACGCUCUCUACUACCAAGCAUUGUCGCUGCACCUUGGCCAAGACCGCGGCGUAACACUGUACCAGUCCGCGAGCCACCCAGCAUCUCGGACAGGCAACCAGAGCAACCACCUGUCAGGCGUGCAAGCAGCAGACGAAAACUCAAAUCUGUGAAUAUGUUGUGGUGUCUUCAACUCACACCAGAGCAAGCGCAGCGCAGGAAGUGGAUUUAUGCCGCCGCAACGUACUUUGCAAUCUUCCUUACGAUCGCUAUCCCGGUGCGGAUGUACAUCGCCACAAAAGCGUUGCACAACCAAGAACCCAUCGGUUGGGCCCUCAGCUACGCCUUUGGCCAUAUCGACUACUUCCGCAUCAUCGUCGAUACUUCCUAUCUCCAGUCCUGGGUCCCACUGCCGAAGCCUAUGGGCGACUGGACAAAAAUUACCGUCGCCCUUCCUCUCCAUGUCGACUUGAUCCGCGAAACACUCGGUCAGGCCAACGUCCGCCUCCUGCUCAUCGCAUACUGGGCUAUAGUACUGCUUGUCGGCCUCUUGGCAGUCUUCUCACUCACUGCCUUUGUCGAAGUCGACACCCGCCGCAAAGUCUUCCAUGGAGUUAUGGUCGCUAUGCUCACACCAGCAACCUUCGUCGACCCCUGCUUCGUGGCGUUAGCCCUCGGCCUGGUUCUAGCUGUUUUCUUGCUGUUGGAAGUCAUUCGAGCAGGACAGGUUCCGCCUCUAGGCAACGCCAUCUCGCGCUUCGUCGCACCCUACGUCGAUGGCAGAGAUCUGCGAGGUCCUGUUGUGGUCAGUCAUAUCUUCUUACUUAUUGGCUGUGCAGUUCCGCUCUGGUUCUCUCUGGCAAGCAUGGAACGAAGCGGCGGCGCACCGUGGCACGACUUCGAGCUGGCCAACAACCGCCGCGAAGUCGCCAUGGUCGCAGGCGUUAUCUGCGUCGGCAUGGGCGACGCCGCUGCCAGCUUGAUUGGUCGUCGCUACGGCCGCCACAAGUGGAUCUGGGUCGGGGGGAAGAGUAUUGAAGGCUCUGCAGCUUUCGCGGUUGCGGUCACGAUAGGCCUGAUGGCUGCACGAGCAUGGCAGGAAUUGGGUGGUUGGAACGGUCUUUCACACGACAGAAUCGCUUCGGGAUGGCCACCAACUCCGCAGCACUUUCCAACCAUAUCCAUCAAAAUUAACCUCACCGCAGACAUCCCACUUGAGCUCGUCGCCGCCAGCAGAAAUGGCGGUCUCGACAACCUGAAGCCGCAAGAGCUCGCCACCAUCAGUUCAAUCGCCACUCAGGCCCUGCUCGAAGGAAGCAAGACUUUGCAGCCUAUCUCACCACUACCGGCGGACUUCCCCGAGAUUGUGGACAAGCUCAAAGGCCGCCUUGGCCUGACACCCCAAGAGAAGAACCCCAACAAGAGCCAGGGUGGAGGCGAGGAAACAGGGCCACUCGCGACCACAGAUGGAUGGAACGAGUCCGAGCCUUAUGGACCACUUGCUAUGGGCUCACUCGAUCCAAUGCGAGCUGUGAACUACCUUGAGACGCAAGCUGUCUGGGUCCAUUCUGUUGUGAGUGGCCUUGUUAUCGACCGCGAGCACUGGAAGGCAAUCGCCGAUAUGGUGGCGGCAGACGAUCUAUUCGAGCGCAUGGAAGAAUGCCUUUCCAAGCAACAUGCUGGCCUUCGCCGAAAGACGCAGUUCUUCUGUUGUAGCCACGAUCCAGACCCCGAGCACGAUGAAAAGGGUGACAUGAUCUACCGCGUAGCAUGCAGGAGUUUCAGCCUGCGAGAACACAGGUCCACGCCAUUCUCGCACGCCAUGACAUCGCUCGGGGCUGCCAACUUCUUUUGCGAGGCUGAUACGUACUCACGUCUGGUCGAUGGAGGAGCAGCAGUAGGCGACGCGAGCUACUUGCGUGGAAUGAGUCGGAGUCGGUCGAGAAAUGGGGAGAUAUGCUGGCGACUGAAAUCUGACGAGAAUGUGUUGGAGUUCGCAGUGGUCGGACAUCGUCGUCGUGGAGCUGAAGUCCCGACUGACAAGCUGUGGGGAUGA